AAUCCUUUGUGAUUAGAUUUACGCAUUCUGAAACUCUUAUAUAGCACUACAGCUAAACGUCCAGCUUGUAAGUGAACAACAUUACCCCCGAACAUUGGAUGGACAUGGAUUCGAGUUCACCACUCCAUCUCAUCAAACGUUCGGACGCAACCAACCCUUCCUGUCAACUGCCUGCCCUUCUAGGUCCCCCAAAGCAAAUAUCCUGCUAUUCCUCUGCCGCUGACGGGAGCGUGACUCAGGACGGUCGAUCCCUGCGCUACUUUAUGUAUCCUUCGCUCGGCACGGACAUGUCCCAGGGAUUCCCACAGUUCUUACUACGACACUUGGGAGGGCAUGUAAAGACGCCCCUGGACAGUCUCCUGCGUGCUUGCUUGGACCGCCCAGAUGAAAUAUCUUCAGCGGAUGUGGUGACGUGGCGAGGGAUACUAUACAAGAUGAUGCUUGGUUUUAGCGUCGAUCUCAACGUGUCUUACAUAGAUGGCACAUUAUAUAUUGAAGACCAUCAGGAAAAAUCGCGGAAGCAUACUCCAGAAAGUUAUCCAGGGUACGUCACAAUGCUUGUACAUCCUUUUAGCCUGUCGCUGAUAUAUAGACCUCAUCAUAUAAUCAGCUAUGUAUUUGAGCAUAUCUGCACAACGCCACCCGAGACUAGAUCCGAAGGGGAUAAUUCCGUUCUAAACAUCAGCGCUGAUGAGCUGUGGGUCAGUAUUAUUACACGUACUUUAGGAGACCUCAAUUUGCUUUUUGGAGGAGAGGUGGACUGUAUCAAAGGUAGUUACACUGGACAACCUGACUGCUUCUUGGAGUUGAAAUUGACAAAGGAGUAUGACGGAAAUACAGGGAAAUUAAGAAACCGCCGGAAGUGGUUUAUGCAGUCACAUUUAAUCGGCAUAAACGAGAUAUUCGUUGGCUACCGCGACGCUAACAAUAUUCUUCAACGUACAGAGAUGUUACCUGUCUCUGAAUGUUUCCCAAAAGGAAGGGAUCCGCAACAAGAUAUCGACUGGGGCUACCGCAUGCUGUCCGCGCUUAAGCAGUACUGUCAAAAGCAGACCGAGGGAGUACGUGCAAGUGCCAGAAAUUCUAGGGUAAGAGAAGGAAGGAUUUGGCGAGUUCUGAAUAGGGGCACAGAGAGCGGAGUCAGCAUAAGAGAACUUACCAGUGUUGAAGUGGCUGCCGUUAAUCGAAGGCAUGUCGGGCAGAGGAUUGGUAUCCUCCCAGCUUGGUAUCUAGACCAGAAAAGAAAUUCGACCACAUAGGACAGCAAAAAUACCCACAUGAAUGUCGUUUCUUGGGAACUCCUGUCUUGCCUUAGUAUAAGAAAGCAGUCGACAUAAAGCGAUUUGCCAAAUGUGUUAGAGGAAACACAUAUAGUGCGCCAAGGUGAUUUUAUAUUAGAAUAGAUGCAUCUCCAUACUGGUUGAAAAGCUGGUAACUGUUAGGCCGUUACCAUUUACACCUCUGUC